AUUAUAUUUUUCUGUUCUUAUCAGCACCUAUGAACGGAACGAAAGAGGAACGGAACAGCCAAGUACAGGCAAGAGCACGACUGAGCAUAUGAAAGAUCGAAAGAGAGAGGGUAAGAGGGAGGGAUGGGCUAUUAGAGUAUAGAAUUGAAGCGUGGAACGAAAUAGAAACGGAGAGAGCGAGAGGAGAGUAAGAGAGAGAGAGAGAGAGAGCAACACAGACGCAAAACCAAAUUGAAGGCAACUGGAACAAAAUUAUUCACUUCGACUAUGCCCAGCUUGUUGUGAGGAAGAAAAGUCCGAAUAUUCGUUCCGAAACCAAAACAAAAUGCGAAAUAUCCGAAAUCUCAAGGAUCCCACAGCUGUGGUGCUGUUGUGGUUAUUGUGGCUGCUCUGCUGGCCCAGAAUGGGCACAGCGACGACACUGCCAAAGGUCGGCUGCACCGAGCACGACACCACAAUUACCUGCGAUUGCAACAACGAUGAGCAGCCCAUGGUGCUGCCACAGCUGCAUGGCGCCGUUUUUCAGGUCGUCAUACGCAAUUGUCGCGAUUUGACUGUGGAGCCAAACGCUUUGGAUAAUACAGAAGGCCUGCGCAAGAUCAGUUUCAAGCAGCUGCAGCGUCUGGUGCUGCAGCAGAAUGCAUUGAGCGUGCCCCGAGAUGCCAGCAACAAGGCGCUCAUUGUUGACUUCGAGGACGUCAACUUUCAGUUGAUCGCCUCUCAUGCGAUCAGCGGCAACAUCGAGGAGAUCUCAUUCACCCGUGGCCGCAUCGAGCAAAUGCACCCAUUCGGCUUCACCACCAUCAAGGAUACUGCCAUUCUGCUCAAGCUUGACGGCGUCACCAUACAGCGCAUCGAGAGUCAGGCCUUUAAGAAAUUCGCCGUGGAGAAACUGAUAAUAAGCAAUUGCAAUUUCGUCGGGAAUUUGCCGACGCGCGCCUUCUACGAGCUGGAGGUGAGCAGCGAGCUGGCGAUGCACAACAAUCAGUUCCAGGAGGUGCACUCGCACGCCUUCUCCUUCAAGCUCAUCUCCAAGCUGAGUCUCAGCGAGAAUCGUUUCGCGGCCGUGGAUGGGGAAUGGCUGGAGGCUUACAUCAAGGACGCGAUUACGCUGCGAGGCAAUCGGUUUGGUGCCACCAGCGAGAUAGCCUUCCGCAGCCUGGGCGUGCAUCGCGACUAUCAGCUGAGCGAACGGCUGGAGCUGCGCUUCCACAACAACACGGUGCAGAGUCUGCCACCGGGCGGCAAGGUGCCUGGAGUAGCGGCUCAGCCAUUGCGCUUCGAUGAGCGCUUCGCUCUGAGCAUACGGCAGCUGAGAUACGAGAAUGUCUGGAGCUGUGAGCAGCUGGAUAUGACUGUUCAGCCGCCGCAGCCGCAUGCCGAAUUCUUUCGCCAGCACAGCGAGCAGCUGAUGUUCCGUGCCGUUGCCAACGAGCCGCAGGUGGUGCCAGCACCAUUUGUGCCGCUGCGCCAGCUAAUCGCCGAGCAGUGCCAAAAGCCUAGCUAUACGGCGUAUAUUGUGGCGGGCAGCGUUCUGCUGGCGCUGCUGGUGUUGCUGCUGCUGCUGCUGCUCUGGUGGUGGCUGGCGCAACAGCGUCGACGACGCAAGCUGGAUGUGGUGCAGCCAGAGCCACGCACCUACAAAGAGACACAAAUUGUAUACCAAAUCGAGAACGCUGGCCUGCUCAAGACUGAUCUGUAAAGCCAUACACAUACACACAUAUACACA